GCAGGUGCUGUCGAACACCGCGUGUCAGUCCGGCAAUUACGGAAGCGCCAUUCAAGACACCAUGUUGUGCGCCGGAAGUGCAGGCAAGGACUCGUGCCAGGGAGACUCCGGCGGCCCUCUGGUGUUCAAGGACGGAGGCGGAAACUACGACCAGAUCGGCGUGGUGAGCUGGGGCUACGGCUGCGGAGCUCAAGGCUACCCCGGCGUGUACACCCGCGUCAACAGCUACCUCGACUGGAUCAAGAGCAACACAGCCGAUGGCGUUUACUGCAAAGGAAUGCUUCUCUAGUCCUGCCACUUCCUGCUCUC